AUGGCAGGCUUCUUCACGUGGUUGUGGGACUGGUUGCUAUGGGUGUUCUGGGCUACCGAGAUGGACGUGACCAUCAUUGGGCUCCAGAAUGCCGGCAAGACGAGCUUAGUGAGAGUGCUGGCGGGCAAUGAGUUCACCGUCGACUCCCUGCCGACGGUGGCCUUCAACAAGAAAGAGGUCAAAAAAGGCCAUGUAUCCAUCAAAUGCUGGGAUCUUGGAGGCCAGCCAAGAUUUCGAUCGAUGUGGGAGCGUUACUGUAGGGGAGUCAACGCUAUCAUCUUCGUUGUCGACGCUGCAGACAAAGCUGCCAUUCCCGUGGCCAAAGAGGAACUGCACAACCUGCUGAGCAAACCAACACUGGAAGGGAUCCCGUUGCUCGUGCUCGGCAACAAAUCCGAUCUACCUAACAAACUAUCCGUUGACGACUUGAUCGACCAGCUGGACCUCAAAUCCGUUGUGCAUCGUGAAAUCAGCUGCUAUGGGAUCAGCGCCAAAGAAGAAACCAACCUCGAGGCCGUGCUUCAGUGGCUUGUAGCGCGAUCAGGGAAGUGA